AUUAUUUCAGCAAUGGCCUUAAGACGGUCGUUGAAUCUUAUGAGGUGCCAAUUUUUAUGUACAAAUAUUAAAGCACAGAUUGUGGGAUCUAAAAAGACAUCGAAGAUUGUGGACCGAAUAAAUGCGGAAGUUGCUUCCAAGAAUAAAUUGCUUUUCGCAGUUGUGUAUUUAAAUCAACGUCAAUAUAAGAUUUGUGAGAAUGAUUUGAUAACGAUUCACCACCAUGUGCCUCUGGAUAUUGGUGACAAAAUCAAAUUAGAAAAGGUAUUAAUGGUCGGUGGUAAAAAUUUUUCCUUGUUUGGACGACCUUUAUUGAAUUCAUCGAAUGUUAGAAUAAAUGCGACUGUCGUCGAGAAGACCACAACAUAUCCUGAAUUAAAUUAUGUACAGGUUGAUCAUAAAAAUAUUCGAAAACUAUUAUGGUUCAGCACCGAACUAACGGUAUUGAGGAUAAAUGAAAUAAUUUUUAAUGAUUUACAAACAUGA